AUGGGCAUCAUGCUUUACAGCAACCUUCAUUUUGCUGGGAUGAACGCAAAGUAACGCGUAACUUUUCAUAGAGAAGCCACCGGUUGCGUCCUUAUGAAGGACAGAGCAGGCUGUGAGACUGCAGAGCGGUGCGCAGUGACCGGCCGCAUCCACUGGGGGAGGACCGAGCACCGUCUGCGCGCGCUGCGGUACAUGAUCGACUUUAGACUCUCCAUCAUCACACACAAUGGGAGGGAUACGGGAGUAUAGGUAGAGCUAAAGCAGACAGACAGAUGUGUGAUGCUCAGACUCAACCAUGGGCUCAUCCAGCCUCGCCUGUGCCAAUAUAAACUUUUAUCAACCCUCUUCUCUUUUUGCUGCAAUCGAAUGGAACUGUCUCUGAUGCCAACUCGUUGCUGGCACACCUGGUUAUGCCCUCUCCUUCUCUCUCUCCGUUUUUUGUUGUUGUCAUGAUUGUUGUCGACGGUAUAUCAGGAGCGAUGCAGCACAUACGGGGGAUCAGGUGCCACUAGAUCCUGUUGAAUUGGAAUAAGGCGUCGAGACGUAGCCAAAAAAAAAAAAAGUGUCCUCCUCAGAGUGCGUCAGAGCGCGGAUGUAUUUACUGGACGUAGAUGUGGAUAUGGUCGCCCGCUGGAUACGACGAGGGAUUUGUUAUUUUACACCCCAAAAUCAAGACGGGGGGAUGAGCGCAGAAGGAGAGCUGCAUCCUCACCCAGCAUCCUUCCUCUUCUGUUAGUGGGAGGAGGCGAUUUAUUUUUGCCCCCCUUUUUUAAAAUCUGCUGAGCGCAUCGGAGGAGCAAAGUCGAUCAGAUUAAUCGGAGCUCCAACAUGUAAGAGCGAAGAUCCUUUAAAACAAUCAUGGUAACCAUGGGCGACCGAGGAGGAUCAAAAGAUGCUUUUUUGGGGGUGAAAUUAACCACCUGAUGGGCAUCAAGGAAACUGAGCACAGACUGUUUGGGUGUCGCUUGAUGUCUCGGUGAUUUAUCAUGCUGAACAUAGAAAGGGCGCUGCAAGUUUGACACCGCGUCUGCGUAACAGGCUAUGCCACGGCCCUGGUGUUUUCUGGUUAUGGUAAUGAUGUCAUGAAUUAUACACCGAGCGCAACAAGAUAUGCUCAUCAGUGUUUUUUUUUUUUUUUUAUCAUGUAAGAAGCAAAGCGGGCUCCAGUCAACCUGGACCUCACUGAUGUGCGUCUGUUAGUCUGACUUUCUAAACGGUUGAUGUCUCAUCAUCUCUGCGCAUCGCGACGGAACUGCAACUUUUAUCCACUGGUCUGCAUCCACCUUGAGAAGGCUGCUGUAGCCUUCCUAGACCGAACCUCGGAUUUAGAAAAAUGGAGUUUGCCAUGGUGGGUGCGGACGGCGGGUGCAACAGUCACCUGCCGUACGGAUAUGCCCAAGCUCGCGCGCGGGAGAGGGAGCGCGAGAGAGAGCGCCAGGUCGCUCAGACCAGAGCGGCGGCUGUGGCUGCAUCGAGCGAAGGAGGCUCCGGUGCAGAGGGAGGCGCAGGGGGGGCCACCUCCGCCACCUCCUCGGGCUCUCAUCUCCUUAACAACCGCCAGCAUCAACCGCGCGCCGCCACCUCCUCCUCCUCCUCCUCCAGCAACAUCAGCAGCAGCGGCGCCGCCUCGCGCCCCUCCUCCUCCUCCUCCUCCUCCUCCUCACAGCAGGAGCCCGAACAGCAACAGCAGCACAGAGUUCUCAGAGAGCGGAAAAAGCAGCGCGGCGUCGGUCGGUGGAGGCGCAACCGGGGGAAUCUCGGUGGAGACCUGCGCCACUCUGAGCUGGCGCUGCUCGGAUCCGAGGAGGACAUCAUGAUAGAGGAGGAGGAGGCCGAGGAAGAGGAGGAGGAGUUGGUAGAAGGGGGAGAGGCGGCGGGGGGUGGCCGGGGGAGCAAGAGGUCGAGCUUUCUGUGCAACAUGGAUGAUGAGGAGGAGACGGUGUCUAUCACCGACAGGCGACCCCAGUCCGGAUACGAGAACGUUUACAGCGACUGCGGCUGCUGCGAGCGGGUGGUCAUCAACGUGUCGGGGCUGAAGUUUGAAACUCAGCUCAAGACUCUCACUCAGUUCCCGGACACCCUGCUGGGAGACCCCGAUAAGCGGAUCAGGUACUUCGACCCGCUGAGGAACGAAUACUUCUUCGACAGGAACCGGCCGAGUUUUGACGCUAUUCUUUACUAUUACCAGUCAGGAGGGCGGUUAAAAAGACCCGCCAACGUCCCGUUUGACAUUUUCUCAGAGGAGGUAAAGUUUUAUGAACUUGGCGAGGAAGCAAUCCUAAAGUUUCGGGAGGAUGAAGGGUUUGUGAAAGAGGAGGAGAAACCUCUGCCUGAGGACGAGUUCAAGCGCCAGAUCUGGCUGCUUUUUGAGUACCCGGAGAGUUCCACUCCUGCCAGAGGGAUAGCGGUGGUCUCCGUCCUGGUUAUAGUCAUUUCAAUUGUCAUCUUCUGCUUGGAGACGCUGCCGGAGUUCAGGGAUGAAAAAGAGUACCUCCAGCCACGGCUGAACUCCUCUCAGCCCGACCACGGAUUUACGCCCUUCAACGACCCGUUUUUCAUCGUGGAGACGGUCUGCAUCAUCUGGUUCUCCUUUGAGAUUAUAGUUCGCUUCUUUGCGAGCCCCAGCAAACCCGCUUUCUUUAAAAACAUCAUGAACACUAUAGACAUCGUGUCCAUUUUGCCUUAUUUCAUAACCCUCGGCACGGAUCUGGCGCAGCAUCAGGGCAACGGGCAACAGGCGAUGAGCUUUGCCAUCCUGAGAAUAAUCCGCCUGGUCAGGGUGUUCCGCAUCUUCAAACUGUCCAGGCACUCCAAGGGGCUGCAGAUACUGGGACAUACUCUGCGCGCCAGCAUGCGGGAGCUGGCUCUCCUCAUCUUCUUCCUGGUCAUAGGCGUCAUCCUCUUCUCCAGCGCGGUGUACUUCGCCGAGGCGGACGAGCCCACCUCACAGUUCACCAGCAUCCCGGAUGCUUUCUGGUGGGCCGUGGUUACCAUGACCACGGUGGGCUACGGCGACAUGAAGCCGAUCACAGUCGGUGGGAAGAUAGUGGGCUCCCUGUGCGCGAUCGCGGGCGUGUUGACCAUCGCGCUCCCGGUGCCCGUCAUAGUGUCCAACUUUAACUACUUUUACCACCGGGAGACCGACAACGAGGACCAGUCUCCUGUGGUGGAGAGCAUGCCGCCCGCCUGCCCGUAUUUCCCAGACUUUCUAAGGAAGUUCAAAGGCUCUCCUUCUGGCUCCUCGAUGGGUGACAAAGGGGAGUACAUGGAGAUGGAGGAGGGGGUGACGGAGUCGCUCUGCGGGCUGGACAAGAGCCCCAGUAAAGGAAACGGCACAGACAUAAGCAGGAAAAACAGUACAAACUCUAAAUCAAUUCAGACUGACGUGUGACUAAAGUUUUAUCCUAUUGUUUUCUAAAUAAGAACAACAUCAGAUUAAAGACACUUCCUGCCCAACAGCAGCUGAAUAACAUCCCCCCUCAAUAGGCCUAUGGGUUUUACGCACGCCUCUCAUACGCACACAUUCACACUCAUAGGGCAUCAAUUGGCAUCGAGAGCUUCUAUCUGCCUGAUAGACUCAGAUACAUCCGUUCAUUCAGUGUGGGCUUCCAAAUCUGACAUGGAAUCUGAAUUAGGCACCAGGCUAUGCAUUCGCACUUUAUGACUUUCAUCUGUCACAUUACAGGAGAUAGGGACGGUCGUUUGUUUUGCUGUUAUGCAAUAAAGUUUAAAUUUGUUUGCACUAUAAUGUAGAAUUUGCGCUGGGUUAGAGACAGUAACUGUAGGCCAUACAGAUGGCAGCACUCUGCUCACCUGGAUACAGACUGUAUGAGUAGAGAAAAUUGGGAAACUAUUUCACAUAGGCUGCCAGAGAAGAAAAAACAACAACUCUGAGCUCUAUUAUAUAAAAAGCCUAAGAGAGAAGGUUUUUAAUCAAUGUCCAUUUAAUAUACUCAAACAAAACUUAUCUACACAUUGAUGAGAUCAUAAAGCAGGCAUUAAAUGAACCAGGGCUAUAAUGAAAUAAGCUUUUCCAUAAGAGGCCAAAAAUAAAAAGACCCACCAUGAGAGCUAAGCACAGGAGUCAUCAUUGUUUAAAAUGGCUGGAGAAGUCACUCAGACCCAGGUUUUCUACGGAUCAUCCUAAAGCCUAGUCUACAACAUGUUUUCAUUAAGAGCACCUCAAAAUGACAGUAUCCCUUUACAAAGAUGAAGAUGGGAAGUUACGGCAUAAAAGACUCUGACGUGGAACUCUUUCAAAGGAGAGAUUAUGAGCAUCUUUCCCUCCUUUCUGCUGGACUCUGUGCACAAAAAGAUACAUAUAAUCUAUUUCUUUUUUUGCUCAAGAGGACUUUGAUUAUCUCAGAGCACAUAAGAUAAUCGGCAUGUGGAUGUCUUCCAAGUUUGGAGCAUGUGUGUUUUGGAAGACUGAGCCAACCCCCCCUCCAAACAAACUGCUGGAAAACAUGAAGACCUGCAUAAAAAGCUCUGCCAGUUACAGAGAGAGGGAAUAACCCCCACCUCUCUGGAGAAUGCAGACAACAAGCAAAACAUUGUGACCAGUCAACUUUAAGCCCUACUGGACACAGGAAAAAAGAAAAAGCAACAACCGGACGGGACCUCGAACAAAUUCUGAGAAGCAGAGAAGAAAGCUGCUUUAAUUUGUCAGUAAACUAACCCUUAAAGGGUUGACACUGGACUUGGAAAAAAAGUAAGUCGUGGCCCAAAAUGAUUGCCUUAAUUACACUUAGAUAAAUGUAAGGAGUGAUGAUAAUAAGAGACUUAUAAAAGUUUAAAGAUGUUUUCUUUUCAUGUGAAAAAAGUGUCUUGUAAGGAACAGAUGUGAAUAUUUUAAUAUGAUAGAAACGUUUGGUUGUAAUGUUAACAUCAUGUUCUAGCUGGGUCAGCUUUGUAGGAGUCUUUGGUUCCUAAAUGGUAUGUUGGCCCUCUGCUCUUAUGCAGCCAGUACUACAAAUGUUUUGUUUUUCAUUUUGGUUCAUAUUGUCAACAGAACAAGGCUGGCCUGAGUUGCUGGCAACAAAAAUGUUGAUUUAUACUGAUAACACAAGAAAAUCCUCGUUAAGAAGGCAUAUAAAGCUUGGGAGAGAAGGCAGCACACUAAAAUACUCCUGAAGAGUAUCUUCUUUCAUAAAGAAUCACUUACACUAAAGCAAAGAUGUCAGUAACAUAAACACCUGUCAUAAAUAUCUGCCACAUUCAGUUUUUAUCACAUGAAAUGGCAGAUUAAAGCUUUCACCUUCCAGGUUAUUGAGGAAAAAAAAAACUACUUUUACUUUUGUUUUCUUUAUUUUCUCAGAUGCAAGUUUAGAGCUGACCAGCUGCUUUGCUGAUAUGUUUCACUCUGAAUUUUCUGUAUGCAAAAGUAACAUGAACAUGUGUUCUAUAUUUUUUUAAACCUAGCCUUGAUAAUUACAUAACCAAAGGUGAAACCCUGAAUUUAUUGUAUGUUGUGGACUUCUGAAAAAUGUUGUGAUAUAGAUGCACUCAGAAUGGGAGAGGGAUAAAGACAAUUGUAAAUAUCAGACGUUUAUACAUGUGUGUCCGAAGAUGUGUUGCAAGCAGAGUAAAUUCUUUCUUUACUUUCUUUGACUGUUAUGACCAUCAACCAUGAGAAUCUGCUUGGUUUGUUAAAAAACAUGAUACAAUCACGUUCCUCAUUUGUUACUGAUGCUGCUCAAACAUUCUCCAUUGCUGUUGAUUUGUUUGCAUAUCAGUUGUUUUAUCAUGCGUAGCAGAACAUACGUCUCUGUGCAGCUUCGUCUGAAAACCUUUGGACUUAGUUACGUCUCAUAGACUUGCAAUGUUGCCUGUGAAUGAAAUGAUUAGAAGAUUCUGCCGCCCUGCCAGUAGUAGUGAUAGCUCAUAUUUUUUAUGGAGACAGUGUUUUAUUUCCCUAUAUUUUCCUCGAUUUCCUUUUCUUGACAGUGUUAGCAAUUAUUGCACUAAAAAGCUUGAAUUUAGACUUCCUAAAUAUAGCAUUUCCUAAAGAAAACCCAAAGUGAACAUUCCUGCUCUUUCCUGAAAAAAAAAAGGCAAUUGUACUUGCCCGUUAAAUUGUAUCCCUCAGAAAAAAAAGAAAAAAGUAGUUUACUUAAUAUUAAAGUAUAUUUCCCUAGUGUCAAGAAGCUUUUAACUAAGAAAUAGUUUUAAAAUAAAUGUUAGAUAGUUUACAAGUGGAGUGAUUCUAGGAAAGAUAUAUAUAUUGGGAUGCAGUAAAUAUGAUAUUUUUUGUGAUUUUCUUACC